CGACCGCGCUCUUGUCAUCACUGCGCCUCAGUACCGUACCCAAUCUCCGUUUCCACCACGACUGGACUCUGUAGUCCGCAAGUGAAGCAAAUUAUUGUCAAGAGCAAACGUAUUCACAAGCUCAGUGCUCGCCAGCGCGACUGCCAGCACUCCCCAAUGGUUUACUGAUCCACUCCACCACGGCUCUCGGCCAGAACAUUGUCAACCCUACAUUUCACUCCCGUACGAUCGCUGAACACAACUACCGGACACGAUCACCACCGCUAUAGACGAUGGCCACCGACGCUGGGCCGCUCGACGCGGAGCUUCCGGGCCAGGCUCAUGACACCGCGCCCGACGCUGACAACGAUGCCUUCCACGACACCCGCUCUACAACCUCGAAUAUGGGCGACAAGGACGAGGCGGACACAUGCCGUAUAUGUCGCGGCGAAGGCACGGCUGACGAGCCGCUGUUCUACCCUUGCAAAUGCAGUGGCAGCAUCAAGUAUGUCCACCAAGAGUGCCUCAUGGAGUGGCUAUCACACACGCAGAAGAAGCACUGCGAACUAUGCAAGACAUCAUUUCGCUUCACGAAGCUGUACCAUCCCGGCAUGCCGACUCGCAUUCCUACCGCCGUCUUCCUGCGUCGUGCGGCUUUACAUGUGGCGAACAUGUUCUUCACUUGGUGCAGGGGAGUCUUGGUCGCGUCUGUAUGGCUAGUGCUACUACCAUGGUGUAUGCGAGUUGUCUGGCGUAGCCUCUUUUGGGUCGGAGACGGCGGCUGGGCGCCGGACGCAUACGCAGCUGUGCCAGCUGUCGCGAAUCACGUUAAAUCCAUCACGUCUAGUCCCUCUGACCUGGAGGCGGUUCGGUCCUCACUGGAGGCUGCAAAGGCUAAUGGUACAGCGCAAAACCUGACUCUUUCCAAUUUAUUGAUGGCUUCCGUAUCAACAACAGCUCAGCAGCACACUGUCAUCGCAAAUGAACCGCUCUUCUGGACAAUUUUGAAGCGCCUCUUCUUCGGUUGGCCUCAUCCAGUCGCUGCCCUUGCGCCCACUACGUCUAACACUACUGGACUCAACGUUACAACGGAUCCUUUGGGCUUCCGCAAUCCUUCACUCCUGUCUGACGUUCCUUGGUUCCAUUGGUUCAGCUCGCAGGCAGCGAACCGAUUUCUGAUCGAUGUCUUUGAAGGCCAGAUCAUAACCAUGCUGGUGGUCGUUGCCUUCAUCCUGAUAUUCCUGAUUAGAGAGUGGGUCGUUCAGCAACAGCCUGUCAUCAACAUGGUGGCCCUUGGAGGCGACGGUGCUGCACAAGUCGAUCGAGCUGCAGCCCUGGUCCCAGAUGGAGAAGUCGAAGAAGGACCAGAACCACAACACGAAGACAUCGCAGAGCGUGAUGGAGCUGUUGAAACCAACGAGCCUCUCAUUGUAGAGGGAUCGCAAGAGCCAGACCCAAACACAGUUGCGGGUGUGAUGGCGCUUGGAGCUCGUCGUCCCAACGAUUUCCUUCGCAGGCAGCGAGAACGGGCCAGCGAUCUAAUGUUGCAAAACCCCGACUUGCCCUCUGGGUUGAGGGAGACGCUGCGAUCCGAAACGACCGAAGAAGGAAGAAUGCUCUUUGUUGAGAGUUUGUCCAGCGAGCAGGUCAAUCUAAUCAGGAUGAUCUACGACCAGUCAGUGAUUGAUGCAUACGCAAGUUUAGUUGCAGAAGAAGAAGCUGAAUCAAGUUCGACCGAGGCCGCGUUUCCCCCGGCAUCGAGGAACGAGCCAUCUCAGCCCAUUGGCCCGGACGGACUUGAGUCAUCGCAACGACCGGAGAUGCCUACACGAGAUAAGUCUUUCGUUGCAACAGAGAUACGUCGCGGUCUCGAGGAAGGCGUUUCUUGGUCCUUCGACAAUGUACCAGGUUCCUCAGGUGACGCCUCCCCCGGAAUUGUCCCUACUAAUUGGGACGACGAAAAUCCAGGAGCAUCAGCAAAUCACGAACAUGACGCGACUUACUCUGAUAACGAGCCUACUAGCGAAGGCAGUAGUGGAAGUUGGCAGCAGGUGUCCGAUGUCCAUGUGGAAGAGGAUUCCGACCAAGCGCUGGAAGGACGACAAUCACAGGACAAGGGCAAAGGCAGAGCCAACGAUGACUUUGCUCCAGGUCACGAGAACGAUUCUAUGGAGAACUCUGGCGUGGAAGGCUCGGCGGAUGCUGAAGAAGGCAUUCGGGUAGAAACCACGAUGGAUGUCGAUAUUACAGCAGGGCCUCAUGCACAAGAGCAUGAUAUAGAGCAGCAAGACACCCCUACACCGGAUGGUUCGUCUGCGACUACAGACAUGCGCCCGGCGCCAGCUGAAGCCCCCGAGCUAACGAUCCUGGAUAUAAUCAUGGACUGGGUUUACGGCCCCGCAGAUCCUGCGACCCGGCCAGUUGCGGAGGUCUUGAAUGAUGAACAUAUCGUGCGCAAUAUUGAAGAAGAAGCGCCGUUUGUCCCCUUCGCCGGCAACGAGCCCCUCGAGCCUGCCGAUGCAGCCAUCCAGGAUCCUGAAGUCGCUGCCGCUGCUGCCCAAGCCGGUAUUGACGUUAAUGACCAAGAAGCGAUCGAGGAUGCAGAAGACCUAGAAGGUAUUCUUGAGCUCAUUGGCAUGCAAGGACCCCUCGUUGGAUUGUUCCAAAAUGCACUCUUCAGUGCUGUCCUGAUUUCUGCGACCUUGGCUUGUGCAGUUUGGCUACCAUAUUUGUGGGGUAAAGUCGUCAUCUUGUUCAUGGGAAGCCCGAUCUCGCUUUUCAUCAAGCUUCCCCUACAGAUUGUCGCCACUGCGACGGAUUUGGUGGUAGACUUUACGCUCGUGGUAGUUGGUGGUCUCGCAUUUUGGGUGUCCCAGCUGACAUUAACGCUCGUCAAGCUUGUGACUAAGGGUGAAGGGUCUCUUUACCUUGAGAGCUCAAUCCGGCGCCUUUCUGUACCUGCGCAUUCGAUUGUUAAAAACGCUGCGGUGCGUAUCACGGAGGCCCUCCUCAAUUCAUCGCUCUCGACGAGUCCCGGAUAUUUCAGACUAUCCAUUAACUCGCACGCUGCUUUGCGUAGCUUACAAAAUUCGACAUCGUUCGCUCUGAACCAGACGAGUCAUGCGUUUAGCGCUGUGCUUGAGGACGCGCAAACCGAGUCAGCGAUUGGGCUACUCUGGAAAGGAUUGGUUCGCGCGACAAGCGGCGUAGAGGAUCUGAUCCAACAAGGCAGAUACCUUCUCGCCUGGCUGUGGACCUCAAAGUCAUACAAGAUUACUCUCAACAUGAGCCUUGGUAGCAACGAAGCUGUUGCAUCUACGCUAGAGUACUGGACGGCAAAUGAUCGCCUAAUCGCUGUACUUGCAGGUUACACUUUCUUCGCCCUGGCCGGAGCCGUUUAUCUCAGGCGUGGGGCACCGUUCAGCACAUCUCAGCAAGGUCAGAAGAUUGAACGUAUCAUUUCAGAUAUCCUGCAACAAGCGGGCGGCGUGUUAAAGGUGAUUCUCAUCAUUAGCAUCGAGAUGCUAGCAUUCCCACUUUACUGUGGCUUGCUGCUCGACCUCGCCAUGCUCCCUUUGUUCAAGAAUGCGACAGUCUACUCUCGGUGGCAAUUUGCCGGCAAUAGCCCCUGGACAGCUGGCUUUGUACACUGGUUCAUUGGCACUUGCUACAUGUUUCACUUUGCUCUCUUUGUGUCAAUGUGUCGCAAGAUCAUGAGGAAAGGGGUCUUGUACUUCAUCCGCGACCCAGACGAUCCUACAUUCCACCCAGUCCGAGAUGUUCUUGAGCGCAGUGUAACCACCCAACUUCGCAAGAUAGCUUUCAGCGCCCUCGUAUAUGGCGCACUAGUCAUCAUCUGCCUUGGGGGUGUCGUCUGGACCUUGAGCCGCGUUACAUACGGCGUGUUGCCUAUCCACUGGACAACGGAAGCACCGUCUUUAGAGUUCCCGUUAGAUCUACUCUUCUACAACUUCCUCACACCAGUCAUCAUCAAAGCCUAUAAGCCGGGAGAAGGUUUACAUGCGGUGUGCACAUGGUGGUUCAAGAAGUGUGCCGGUGCUCUGCGGUUGUCACACUUUCUUUUCAACGAACGAAUUGAGGAUGAGGAAGGCCACCACAUCAACUCUACUUGGCUCGGCUGGGUUGUCGGCCGCAAGGGCGAUGUCGAUACGCCGCAAACCCAGACAGAGGAUAAAAAGACAGCCGUAGAUGGUGUCGUUGAUGCCUACUUCGUUCGUGAUGGUCGAUAUGUCCGGGCGCCUGCCUCGGACCAGUGCCGUGUGCCCAAGGGGCAAGCUGUCUUUAUCGACGUGGACAGAGAUAAUGUGCGCAAGGACGGGAAUACCGAUGGAGGGGUGCACAAUUCAGACCUGGUGCAGAUGGUCUACAUUCCACCCUGGUUCCGCCUUCGCAUUGCAUGCUUUGUGGUUACCAUCUGGAUCUUUAUGGGCAUGAGUGGGAUCAGUGUCACCAUCAUUCCGCUGAUGUUCGGCCGCUACCUGUUCUCCCUCUUCUUACCUUCAACGGUGGAGAUGAACGACAUCCACGCUUUCUCACUUGGUAUCUACACACUUGGGAGUGUUGCGUACAGCGGAUACCAGCUCUACAAGCUUGCCGCCUCUCUUAACAGGCCCAACGUUUCGCCUCUAGCACAACUACGUUCCGUUGCAGCCACAGCUAGCCGUGUCGGUCUCACGAUUAUCCGUUUCAGCUACGUAUGGACGUCACUUAUUUUCGCCCUUCCUUUGCUGUGCGCGGUCCUCAUCGAGCUCUACUUUCUAAUGCCACUACACGCCUGGAUGGGUCCUAACGAGCCGCAUGUCGUCCACCUGAUCCAGGAUUGGACACUGGGUUUUCUUUAUUCUCGGCUCGCAGCACGUCUCAUUUUUGCGAACCGCAAUACCCGCCCAGCGCAAGCAUUCAAGCAGGUCAUUGAGCGAGGCUACCUCCACCCUAACGCCAGGGUUGCAACACGUUGUUUCGUUCUUCCUGUGCUUGCGCUUUUCACUAUCGCUAUCGCGGUGCCUGCCUCUGUGGCAUGGAUCUCUACUCAUCUGCUACACCGCGGCGCGAAUGAGGCAGUGAAGAAUCAGGUCUGGCGUUACAGUUACCCAGCGGUUGGACUCAGUAUUGCAUUCAUGUUCGCGAGCAGAGUUAUAGCAAGAAUCGUUACUAGGUGGCGACUUAUUGUCAGAGAUGAAGUGUAUCUCAUAGGAGAGAGACUGCAUAACUUUGGCGAGAAGAAGGCGCCUCAGGCGAGACAGGACGCUGACACGCAGUCAAGUGGAGAGGGCAGUGUAGUAACACAGACCCCGCAGGUGGUAGUAGGGUAAUGGAGAAUGGUACCUAAACCUGAUGCAUGGUAGGCGUUACGAAAGGAUACCCAGUCGUUUGGCAUAACAUUCAUUUGUACUUAGUCUUUUUCCCUGCAUAGUAACUACGCUCUUCAAGUAACGAUUCGCUCCCAUCAUGAAUUGUCGCACAAACUAGUUUGGAUUUGAGGAAGGCUGUUUUGACACUCUCACAUGCCAAAGCCUGCGAGAAAUGGCAUGUCUCGGCAGCUGACACCGUCGCACUUAUUAGUGCUGAUUAGACAUUACAGACUGCAGUGUCACGCAAGCUGCAUAAGCUCCUCUUGUAGAACUGUGUGGUAUGAUCUCCAUUCGUAGUACACUUAUACACACGCAAGCUCUCGUCAUGCGCUUACACCCGCAUGCCUGACAACGUGCUGACAAUUAACAUUUCGUGCCGCAUCGUUGCGUCUCUCGGAUCGAGCCGGAAAAAACUGGAUAUCUAAUACGC